UUUCACGGCUACGGCGCAGCAGCACGGGAAUUCACGUGGGGUGGGCUGGCAAAAACCCACAGCAAACCCACAGCUGUGCGGAAAUGACACAGUACCGUCACGUCACGCGAGAGGGCACUGACUAGAGAAAAAAGCAGCGAAGAGAAACACGGACAACAGUUACCCGUGGACAAAUCCACUGGAUUUAAAGACGCGACUAUGGCCGAUGCCUCGUAACCUACUGCACACGGCUGCCCGGCGUCGCAAAGGACAUGAGCUCUUCUCUGUGCAUGGUUAAUGCAGAUGGACAAGUGCCUGAUAAAAAAGUUAAAGUUGAGAAAGAUGCAGAGGACGUUAUUGAAAACACAGAGGGAAAGAUGGAGAGCUUUUUUAAGAGCAUUACAAAACGAGCAUCUACAUGUUCCGAGGUGGAAAGGCCAAACAGUGGGAAGAGGAUCAAGGUGACACCAGCAGGAGAAAACCUCCUUGACAGCAGUUCAGAUGACGGAAGCAGGUCAUGCUCAUACGUCCACAGAUCUUCUCCAGAGCAGAUUCCUAUCUCUUCAUACAGAAAACCACUCUACAGUAUCACACAUCGUAUCUCUGAGCGUAAAGCUGCAUCCAGUCUGGACCAGAAUGGAGCCCACAAUGGGGUGAGAGCAAGCCAGAAUGGAGUCCACUUCCAAAAACUGGGCAACUCUAGAAAGCAUCAUAUGUUUAAGGCUUCCCCAACAGUAGGGGUCACAGGAUCUCCUGCUGCCUUGGAUUCUCACCUCUACCCACUCAUCGAGAAGAUGUUUUUCCUUCUUAACACACUGAAUUCUAGCAUGACCCAGCUACACAGCAAGGUGGACUUACUCUCGCUGGAAGUGACGCGGAUCAAAAAACAAAUUAAGCCCUCUGAGAUGGUCAUGGAAUUUCAGCCUCCUCCUGAAUAUCAGCUAACCAGUGAGGAGCUCGCUCAGCUGAUGGAGCAAACGUCCACCGCGGGUGAGCUUGGCUGCAGGCUCCUAGUUCAACUGUUCCCAGAACUUUUCACGACAAAGGAAUGUGCGCACGGCUGCAGCACAUGCAGCCUCACAAGUAAACGGACAUUAGAUUCAUUGCAUCUUCAGCUAAUACGCAACUAUGUGGAGGCCUGCUACCCGCUAGUGAAAAAUGAAAACGUCUGGCAGACAGACUGCUUGCUGCAGAUCAAUGACUUCUUGAAUCGUUUCUGGGCUCAGAAGGACAUGGAGAGUGGUCAGGUGUGUGACAAACAGGCUCCGAUGGUUGUCGGGUUUGAUAUAGAACCGAAUCACACUUGCCAUUUCAUUAGCGAAGAUGCCCAAGAUGAAAGUCUUUCCCUCAACUCUGGAGAGAACAAUGAUGUUCAUUCUAACAAUGUCAGCUCGGAUGUAGUGCUGGACUCUCAUGAGGCUGCUGGUGAUGACUCUGAAGACUUAACGUCCCCGGAGGAGCUUGUCAUAUUUUUGUUGAACAGACUCUUCCCGGAGGUGUUUGAGGAGGGCAAGUUGCCAGAGGGCCACAACAGCAUUGGACAGUUAAUUACUGACUCGGACAGACUAGAAAUUCUGCGAAAAUACAUGGAGGCCAAUUUCCCUGAUAUCCCAGAGGAAACCUGGUUGCAGUUGUGUGUGCAACGAAUGGAGGAAGCACUGGAGAACGCUUCAACCAGUGGCAACAGAGAGAUGUACAACACUACCCAUCUACCUGACAACAUCUCCAUUGUUAAGAUCAGUGACCUGUGUGAUUACGAGAAACCAAAUCGCAGGUCUAAGAAAUCAUGGCUAGAGCCUGUGGAUUUUGACAAGCUAGAGAUUCCUCCUCCGAACUUUGAUGUUCCUCAGGAGUAUUUACUGACUAAGGAACAGCUAAAGAAUAACUAUGAAUGCAGUCUAUCAAUUGGGAACUUUGCAUCUCGUCUCCUGGUCCUCAUGUUCCCUGAGCUCUUCACUAACGAGAAUGCACGAAAAUACUACAACUGCAGCGGAUCUCUAGGCAAGAAACAGCUGGAUCCUUUACGAAUCAGUCUCAUCCGACAUUAUGUACAACUGCUCUACCCACAAGCUAAGAACGACCGCGUGUGGACCCUUGAGUUUGUCGGCAAACUUGAUGAACGUUGCAGACGACGAGAUACCGACCAACGUCGUUCCUACCAACAACAGCGAAAAGCCUGUUCACCUGAUCAAGACCCUGACCCCAAUGACUCUCUGCUAUCUGCUGGCCAAAUCAAUGCGCUUGCUUCAGAUCGCUUAAAAGAGGACUUUGAAGUCUUGUCUUCACCCCUGGAGAAAAGCAGCAAAGAUUUCUGCAAGAUUCCUCUCGAGGACCUCUCGGUACCCACCCCAGACUUUCCAGUGCCUUCUGAAUACCUGCUUACGGAUGCUGAAGUGAGGGAGAUUGUCCAACAGAGUCUGUCUGUGGGAAAUUUUGCUGCUCGCCUUCUCGUCCGCCUCUUCCCGGAGCUUUUCACCCAGGAAAAUUUGCGGUUGCAGUAUAACCACUCUGGGGCCUGCAACAAGAAGCAGCUGGACCCCAUGCGCCUUCGACUUAUUCGUCAUUAUGUGGAGGCCGUCUAUCCCGUUGACAAAAUGGAGGAGGUGUGGCACUAUGAAUGUGUGCCAAGCAUCGACGAGCGAUGCAGACGGCCCAAUCGCAAGAAAUGUGACAUUCUAAAGAAGGCAAAGAGAUCAAACAACACUGUGACUUAUUCUUAAACAAUGUUCCUGCAAACUGCAGACCCGUUUUAUUAUUUUACACAACAUACCUGUUAUUUGCACAAGUCCAUAAGCUGAAGCAGAUUUUAACUUGUCCUUGUUUAAGAUCCGGUUUGGCUGGUUGAGUUCAAAUGUUGGCUUUUAAAUGGGACAGAUUAGUAGGUGACAAAAAAAAGUUUGUGACUGAAGCCACUAUCACCUGAUAGUUAUUAGUGUUACUAUUUAUAUGCCAAAAUAGAGUGUUGCAGGAAAGACGUCAGAACACAGAAUGAAUAUUAUUCAGUGUGUUCCCUAGUGUAAAAUAAGGUCUCUGAUAAACAUAACUCAGCCAUAUUUCCACGUUUAUGACAUAAACUACACUUGCACCCCAGAGUUUCUUAUCUGUAAUGUAUGAUUUAUAAAAUACUCUAACAGUACAGGUUUUCACAACCCAGGCUCAUUCUGAAAACGUACCUCUAUGAACAUUUCUGGAGAGUGCCAAAUAUGUCCCAGGAGCUGUGUUUUUUUGCAGUUUUUGUUUUUACAAAUCCACCAGAGGCCACUGUGUACACUUUUUGGGAUCUCAAAUUUCUCUGGCGAGUUCCAUUCGCGCCUGUUGUUCUCACGUAAAUCCACCAGAGGUCACUGUCGACUGACUGAAUGACUGCCUGACUUACCGAUCAACUGACUCACCCUCCCCCUUUCAUAAACCCAACCAAUAGUAUUUUUAAAAGCAUUCGUUCGUUUUUAAAAUGAAAUGCAGCCAUAUGUACUUCUGGCUACAUACGUCGCGAUCUCGAGAAACAUAUAUAGGGCUACGUUUUCAGAAUGAGCCUAUGUAGGGUUUUCAAUAUGGAUGUAUCCAAUUUACAUUGCAGAGAAGAAAAAAAUCAUAUUGUCAAGUUGUCUUUACCACAAUUUGUUUUCUUGAAUUGGAACCCCCCCGCCUAGUCAAAUAUGUAGGGAACCAAUUGUGAAUUAUUCUUCCAAGUUCUGACAUAAUUUUUUCACUACUCUAUAUUAAUGAUGUUAUUCUAAUGUCUAAUUAAUAGAUAAGCUAAAGGUAGCCUUAAUUAAUUUAAAUGUAAACUUUUAGUUAAAAAUAGGUCACUUUAGUGUGGGGUGAGGGCAGAGAAGAUAUAGAUAAAUAUAUAUUUUUUGUUUGUUUGUUGUAAUAAGUUGUAGCAAUGUUGCAUCACUGGCUUUUCUAAUUAUCAGCAUAUUGAAGUAUGUCCUGCCUUACAGGAAGUCGAUCUUAAUUAUCUGUACUAAACUAUAGCACCAGGUUAUAUGUUAUAUAUUUUUAAAUAAAAAAAUCACUUCCUAGCCGA